AUGUUUAAAAACUUGGAAAACAUUGAUGGAAAACCAAUCCCGUCUUCAAAGAAUGGAAAAGAAACUGGAGAAAAGCGCAGUCGAGUAGAAGACUACCAGUCAAGAAAAAGGCAUAAACCAGAGUCAGCAGGAAAGGACGAGGAUAAUGACUCCAAAGAUAUCAAGUACAUCUUACCCAAGACGGUGCCGACGAUGCCAGCUCCUAUCCCAGAGAGGAAGAAGCACAUUGAACACAUUGCUGCAAUCUUGAUCAAGAAAGAUCCAAGCAACCCCACGCCCAGGGCGCAAGCAGUGGAGAUUGAAUACGAAAUAGCGCGUAAUUGCAAUUUUCGAACUUAUGCGCAAAGUUUGCGGAAUCAAGUGUAUAAGCUCCAGCACCCUGAAAAAGUUGGUUCGAAAGCAGGAGCAAAGACGCGUCCGAGACUGCAAGAAAUGAGCCUUUUGCUGUCUAUGGUUCUCGCCGAAAAGACGUUACAAAAGUUUGGCUAUGUGAUGGAGAUACCUCGAGCUCAAGUUGAAAAAGAAUCUUCCUCUUUAACCAGGGAGUGUCGGCGAUGUGGAACUGAGUUUAACGUUUCCCGGCAGUUGGAACCAACCACGUGUAAAUUCCAUCACGGGAAAUUACGAAAGAGGGAGGGCACAAAGAUGAGGUAUUAUGACUGUUGCAACGCUUCCCAGGACGACCAAAAGACUUGUGACGAAGCUGAGCAUCAUGUUUUCCAGCUAGACAAGCCGGAACAGAAGCACCAGGUGCUACCAUAUUUCCAUACCAGUGAGAUGUUCCAAUCUGGAGGAGAAUUCGAUGCACUAGGGAUUGAUUGUGAGAUGGGCUUCACUACCAAAGGGUUUGAGCUCAUGCGAAUCACCGCGGUUGACUAUUUCUCGCUAAAGACGGUGCUUGACAUCUACGUGCUUCCCUUUGGUGAAGUUGUCGAUUUCAACACGAGGUAUUCGGGAAUUUCUAAAAUCGACAAGGAAUUCGUUAGCUUUAACCAAGCCAUGCAGCAGCUUGGUACUGUGAUGGACAAAGAGACAAUUCUCAUUGGCCACGGGUUGGAAAACGACAUGAACGCAAUGAGGUUGAUCCACAAGAAGAUUAUUGAUACCUCGGUGCUCUAUCCGAGACACGAAGCCACACCUACGUUUCGAUGGAGAUUGAAGGACUUGGCUUUCAAAUAUCUAAGCAAGAAUAUUCAAAUGGGAGAGCAUGAUAGUGCCGAGGAUUCUGUUGCUGCCAUCGAAAUUGUCAAAUUUCAUCUCAAUAAAGCGCAUCCAAUUAAAGAAUAA